GUGUUUGUCCGCUGAGGCACGCACCAUUUCAAACCGUCUCAGGGAUCAAUAAUUAUCAAACACCCUUGUCUAGCUGUGGUGUACCAUUGGUGGAUUUUUAGGGGUAAAGAUGGCCAAGAAACCAAUGAGACAAAGGUUACAAAGUAAUCAGCCUCAAAUGUUGAAGUGUACUGUGCGUUGGUCUCCACAGAGGCGUGUUUGAAGAGAGGAUUAGCGCUGCCUUCAGUGUCUGGCUUGAUCGUUGUCUACUGGUCUCUGCGCAAGUGUAAUUUAAGAGUAUGUCAAGUCUAAAAGAAAUAUGCAGUGGUCUACCCCUGGAUCCUUUACCACCCAACCCAGGUAGAGAUCCCGGUGUACCGCACGCCCCUAUCCGGACGCCUGACCUCACAGCAGAAGACGAGCGACUGGCGCUGAGAAAUGCCCUGCGUUACUUCCCCCCGUCCCACCAUGCAACGCUGGCGCCUGAGUUUGCUCAGGAGCUGCGGCAGUAUGGGCACAUAUACAUGUACCGCUUCUGCCCCACGUUUCGGCUGAGAGCCUACCCCAUAGAGCAGUAUCCCUGCCGCACACGGCAAGCGGCUUCCAUAAUGCUGAUGAUCAUGAACAAUUUGGACCCAGCAGUUGCUCAGUUUCCCCAGGAGCUGGUCACCUACGGUGGGAACGGGCAGGUGUUUAGCAACUGGGCUCAGUUCCGCCUGGUGAUGCGUUACCUGAGUGAGAUGACAGAGGAGCAAACUCUGGUGAUGUACAGCGGACAUCCCAUGGGCUUGUUCCCCAGCCUGCCCUCCUCACCUCGCGCCAUCAUCACAAACGGCAUGGUCAUUCCAAAUUACUCCUCCAGAGAUCAGUAUGAGAGGAUGUUUGCACUCGGUGUAACAAUGUACGGGCAAAUGACAGCAGGCAGUUACUGUUACAUCGGGCCUCAAGGGAUUGUUCACGGCACUAUGCUGACGGUGCUGAACGCAGGUCGGAGGUACCUGGGCACCGAUGACCUGAGGGGGCGUGUCUUUGUGACCUCUGGCCUGGGUGGCAUGAGUGGGGCUCAGGCCAAAGCUGCCGUCAUCGCCGGCUGCGUUGGUGUGAUUGCUGAGGUGGAUGAAGCUCCCCUGAGAAAAAGACAUGAGCAAGGCUGGCUGAUGGAAGUCACCAGCAGCCUGGAUCACUGCAUUAAACGGAUCAGAGAGGCCAAGAGCUCCAAGACUCCUCUCAGUCUGGGUUACCAUGGCAAUGUUGUUGAUUUAUGGGAGAGGCUCCUGCUGGAGUUUGAGAGAACAGGAGAGCUGCUGGUGGAUCUGGGCUCGGAUCAGACCUCUCUGCACAACCCAUAUAAUGGCGGCUACUACCCAGCGCCGCUCAGCUUCCGCCAGGCCAACCAGCUCAUGUCCACUGACCCCGGACGAUUCCGAAACACUGUCAAAGAGAGCCUCCGAAGACAUAUAAAGGCUAUCAACCAGUUGUCUAAUGCAGGUAUGUUCUUCUGGGAUUAUGGAAAUGCAUUCCUCCUGGAGGCCCAAAGAGCUGGUGCAGACGUUGAAAAAGUCAAUGGUGGAGCAACAGAGUUUCGCUACCCGUCUUAUGUUCAGCACAUUAUGGGGGAUAUUUUCUCUCUGGGCUUUGGGCCGUUUCGCUGGGUGUGCACAUCAGGUGACCCCCAAGAUUUGGUUGUGACUGACAACAUUGCUGCAACUGUUCUGGAGGAAAUCAGCGCCGGUGCCUCACCUCGUAUCAAACAGCAGUACAACGACAACAUCCGCUGGAUCAGAGAGGCUGGAAAACACAAAAUGGUAGUUGGAUCCCAAGCCAGGAUUCUUUACUCUGACCAAAAAGGAAGAGUCCUCAUUGCUUUGGCCAUCAACCAGGCCAUCGCUGAUGGAAGAGUUUCAGGGCCGGUGGUUAUUAGCAGAGACCAUCACGAUGUUAGUGGCACAGACAGCCCCUUCAGAGAGACCUCUAACGUUUAUGAUGGAUCUGCUUUCUGUGCAGACAUGGCAGUCCAGAACUUUGUGGGUGAUGCAUUUAGAGGAGCCACUUGGGUCUCUCUUCACAAUGGUGGUGGUGUUGGCUGGGGAGAGGUAAUGAAUGGUGGAUUUGGUUUGCUUCUGGAUGGCUCAGAGGAGGCAGCAAAGCGGGCCAGUCUGAUGCUCAACUGGGACGUCUCCAACGGGGUGGCUCGGCGUUGCUGGUCCGGAAACUCCCACGCCUAUGACACCAUCCAGCGCACCAUGGAGGAGAACAGGCAGCUGCGCGUCACCAUGCCCUUCCCGGUGCAGGACGAGCACGUGCUGGACCGUGCCCUGCAGGGAUAGCCACCACCUUAGCACCGUUCCAUUCAAGCUGCCAGUUAAUUAAAAACACACACAAACGUAAAACUAAAAAUUCCUGUAACUCCAAUCCCCAAGGCAUUUUUAUCAAAACGAGGCCUCAUCCAACACUUUUAUACACCAGAAACAAUUUCAACUACAGAAUCCAAAUUCAUACUUUAAAAACUACAGUAUUUUAUCAGUACAGGAAUCUUAAAUAAGUCAGUGAUAAAGUGCUACAUGGCUGUCUACCAUCAUGUCGCAGAAUGUAAAAUAAACCUUGAUAUGUUGCUGAAUUUAUCUUUCGAUUUGCUGCAUGUAAGUCUAUUGAUCUAACCUGUGAACAACACACACAGACAGCUCCUGCUUUGUUAAACUCACCAUGGAGGCAUCUGGUAUUUGGACAAGUUCUUCACCUGUGGAACACGCUUGACAGCUGAAGGACCUCUUCAAGAUGCUACGGUUUUGUUAAAGAAACAGUUCAUAUCAUCUUGAUCAUCCCACAGAAGGGAGAACUCAACACAGAGCUUAUAAUUGUUUAAUAUGUAGCAACAAAUUUUCAUUAAUUGAAUAUAAACCUGGAAGCCUAUAAGCGUUGAUGAGUUGUGUAUUGAUGACUUUAAAAAAUAUCUCUGUAAAGAAUAUGGUGAAAUCUAUCAAUUUUCUAAACCUGCUGAAUCCAAUUCAGAGUAGUGGGAUGGUAGGGACCUAUCCCAGGUACUUUUGAGCUGAAGUGGGGUGCCCUGGAUAGGUCAAAGGGCAACACAGAGACAAGUAAGGAAAACAACAGUGCAAGAAUCCAGUCAGACGGAGGUCCAAAUGCCAAUCACAAAUAGUGAGAAAUGUGCCUUUGUCUCUUUAAAUCCAGCAGAGAAACAGGAAGCCAAAGCCCAUUUGAUCACAUCUUCUGACCACAUUAAUUCUGUAGAAUCUGCACUCAGCUGCACGUAUUUUCCACUGGAUGCUUUUUAGCUUCAAGAAAGCAGAUGGACAGGAAACCAGGGUCAAAUAACUGAUGCAAUCGCCCUGUAUUGGUUUAAAUGACCACAAUCCAAUAAAGUAGUGACCAUAAAAAGAGGAGUCCUCUCAAUGUCCAAACACUGCAAAAUACUUUUUAUAAUGCUGCUCAUUCGCAGAAUUUUUUUUUGUUUAAGCAGAGGAUCAAAUUUCCUGCAAUCUAGUGUGUUUCAGUGUCUCCAAUAGUAGCGUGUUUGUUCCUUUAAGAAUACUGCGAAUGAUGAAUGAACUUGAUCUUUUUCUCGCUGACGUAAAGAGGGUUGAGGGGCUGGCGUUCCCAGAAGGGAGGCAGAUAGCCAUAAUGAGGGCCCAGAAGGGGGUUCCGUAGUUUUUGUGCUUUUUGGUACAUUGUUUUUUUUUCUGCUCUGCCAUUCAGCCUUCUAUUCGGAUUUUCUAUUGUGUCCGCCAUUGACAUAACGGGGCUGCUCAGAUCUCCGUCCUUUUUUUUUUUCUUUUUUUU